UGCUUGGCCAAACCCUGACCAACCUGCAGCCCGGGGCUCUGGUCGUCUUGGUCAUGAUGUUCUCCGCCGGGGACUUCCUGAGAAGCACAGAGCGCAUGCUGCUGCACCACCUGGGGAUGAGGGGCGACACCGUCGGAGGAGCCCUCAAGUUAGGCGCUGACGUGGCGCAGGGGAUAGGCUCGUCUCCAUACCUCAUCGACGACGCACAACGAAAACGAAGGGCAGCUGCAGGUCUAGAUAAAAUUUAUGCAAUGCCUUUCAAAGUGCUGAAGCUUACGAGCGAUGGAAAAGAAGUGACGGAGAAUGUGCCGAACCAAGAGAAUAAACUUUUUAUAUACAAUGGAUACGUUGACACUGAUGAUCCUUCCGUAGUGAUCAGUGUGGUUCCCGACAACUGGCCGCCUCAAAAUCCUGAGGCAAAGCUGGCGGCGCGCGUCUAUCUGGAGGCAGCCGUAAUCUUCAAAGGCAGCAAGAAUGAGCAAUCAAACCUAAACCUUUCAGUGCUCAUACCGAGAGUUAAAGGACCAGAAUGUGACUGGCACCGGGACCCCCGGCGACAGAAGCAGGCGCAGUUUUGUCGCCGCCACGAAGGGUACGGGACUUUGUGCCGCUGCAAGGACCCUUUGGACCCCCAGUGGCUGCGACGGUCCUCGGGCAAAAUCCCAAUGUCGGAGGUCAUCCCCGUCGCCAUGCUCACCGCCACCAAGUGCCACUUCUUCUACCGGCAAGUGUUGUAUAAUAAGAGACAAUGUGUCUCUCCCUGA